AUGACUAAACGCACUUCUCUGCCCCAGGAACCCGGGGAUCUCAUUUAUUACCUUCCCAUCGACCAAACGCUCGCACAAAAAGAACUUGUUGAGUUGAUGGUCCAACUUCACAGAAAAAGCAUUCUUAAGAGUUUGGGCAAGCUCAAAGUGGAGGAAACAGGCAGCACAGUGGAUGCAGACGGAAACCCGUACCUCAACGAUAAUGUGAUGCUUGAAACAUUUGUGUCUUGCGUGCGGGAAAUUGACAAUCACCCAACUUUACUAGUGAAUCACUUCAUUCCUCGCAAUCUGCUUCUUCUAGAUACAAAGUCCAACAUCAUCAGCUCAUCGCUCAAGUACGUCACACUCGAUAAUAUUCUCAACAAGCUCACGGAGCGCGGAAAGCCAAAAACACUGAUUAUCAGUGUUUCGAACGGCAAAGAGUUGGAUUUAGUGGAGUCGAUCUUGAUUGGAAAAAACGGCCUGCAGUAUUACAGAUUUAGUGGAGCGUCGAUCUAUUACGAAAACCACGGCUCGUUUAACUUUGCAAAGAACCCGGUCAAACCGCCUGAGAGGCAGCAUAGGGACUCUUCGCCGGAAAGUAAGCAUUCUGGAUCAAAUUCAAGAUCUUCAACACCUUCUUCGCGUUCUUCUGGACACGUGAGGAGAAGAAGGGCUAAGGGUUCGCACGAGAAGGCGAAAAGAGGCCAGCACAGCCACAAGGGCCCGCGCAGAAGCCGGUCGAAGUCCCGGGCAGGUGCCUCUAAGCACAAAAAGACAGAUGACUACACUCCAAGAAUCUCGAAAAACAGUCCUCUAUUUGCCAAGAUCGAGGCCGAAAAGCACAACACGAAGUUGAACGUGUACUUGAUUCUCUCGAACCAACUCAAGUACUUGACCCAGUUUGAGGAGUUGAAGAGUGACUUCAUCAUCACUCUGGACUCGAACUUAAAGCAGGUGGCACCAAAGCCAGACCAGGUGCCGAUCAUCAAGAUGGUGAUUCCAAACUCGCUCGAGUACUUCGACCAGCAGUUGCAAAGAGAGGUGCCAACACUCAAGUCGAGCCCGGAGAUAUACAACAAGUUCCUCACGUACUUGACGGUCGCGUACCGCGCAAACGUCGCGUCGAACGACGAUUCAGCUGCUUAUGUAAGCCCCGGCUUAAUCGACUGGAUGCUAGACAUCCAGCACACGCCGUUUCCGGACGACAUUCGCAUUCCGGAUUUCCCCGUUGCCGGUUUGCGCAUCGAGGAGUUGACUUUGCGGUGUGUUGAGUCGAUGCAGAGCGUCCAGCAUGAGCAGCCUUAUGAAAUUGAGAAGUACGAGUUUUACGAUGCAAGCCUGAAGUUCCCACACGCGAAAAAUGAGCACAAGCGGCAGAAGAUGGACUUGGCCGAGAUCCCAGAUAAGGUUUCGUACCGGCAGUAUCAGAAGUUGCUGGCCAAGAUGGUGUACGAGCGGUGUAAGGAUCUUGAUCACGUGAUCAGCGAAAAAAGGGACAACUUGGCCGUGAUCCACGAGGACGAAUCCAGGCGGCAGUACACGCUGGAGACGAGCAAUGCGUCGAUCGGCGCGAUGUACAAGUCGUUCCGGACUGCGCGCACGAACGACGAGUCGAUGGGCAAGCACUUGGAGCGUUUGACGAGUGAUGAGAGCAAGCUUUUGUCGAUGUUGGAUGUGGAAAAGAGGAGGCUUGAGGAAUAUCGGCUUAAGCUUGGUCAGGAUGUGACCGAGGAUGAGGAAAGAAGCAAGCAGAAGGUUCUGGAAGACUUGCAAAAGCAGUUGGCGGACCUUGAAAUCGUCGCGGACAAAAACGAAAAGGAGAACGAUGCUUUGCGUGCGGAAUACCAGACUUGCUCAUCUCAGGCGGCCGAUAUGUCUACAAGAUUAGAGGCGUAUGGGGAAAAGGUGAAGCGGCUGGAAAAGGAGUCGGAUGGAUUAUCCGGCAAGCUUGAGGAAAAGCGGUUGGAUGACGAGAUUGGAGAAAUUGAAAGGAGAACUCAGGCUUACGAUCGGGAUAACGCCUUUCUUGAGAAGUACAUCGACCACUUGGACAUGCUGUUGAAGCAGAGGAUCAAACAAGGUCCACAAAGCUUGAGGAGAACGAGCCGGAGUGUGUCUCCUUACUGA